AUACUGUGUACUAUGUGUUUCAGAAUUUGUUUCUUAUUUUUUGCAGGUGGUAAGGGUGGUGAAUCAAAAAGGACGCGGCAGACGUACAGUAGAAAUCAAACGUUAGAACUUGAAAAAGAAUUUCAUUACAACAAAUAUUUAACGCGAAAGAGGCGGCAAGAAAUUUCGGAAAGUUUGCAGUUGUCUGAACGGCAGGUGAAAAUAUGGUUCCAAAACAGGAGAAUGAAACACAAGAAGGAAUGUAAAGGUGAAAUAACAACAACAAAUGACAGUGAUGAUAGUAAUGAUGAACAAAUACCUCCUACUUGA